GCUAGGAAUCGCAUCGUCUCAUUUUUUUGGUAAUGGGAUCCUCGGUGUUUUUAAUACUGAUGCUCUGUUGCUUCUGCUGUAUGGUCGUUGAGUGCAGCUUGAGCAGGGAUGUUUGGUUGCGACCUGGCUGCCAUAAAGUGGGCAACACAAGAAAGAUAUCCAUACCAGACUGUGUAGAGUUUACCAUCACGACCAAUGCCUGCCGUGGUUUUUGUGAGUCUUAUGCUGUGCCAUCGGUUCCAUGGGCAAGCGGCUCUCUAACAGGUCUAUUAAAACCGCAAAAGCCAGUAGUUUCGGUCGGUCAAUGUUGCAAUAUGAUGAAAUCGGAGGAGAUACAACGCCGUGUUUUGUGCAUCGAAGGCAUGCGCAAUGUGACUUUUAAGAGUGCCAUCUCCUGCAGUUGCUAUCACUGCAAGAAGGACUAGAUUUUCUUGUUUAAUUAAUGCCUGAGUCACUUUGUUCUGAAUAUCUACUAGCUAAAAAAAAUAAAGAUCCAAAUUUGAGUUUAA